AAUAUAAUGGUGAGGGCAAAACUGGAAAUAAGAACAGAACCAUCGUCUCGACUUUUAUAAACCCUAAAAUCAGAAGAAGAAGUAGGGUUUGCGUCGAGACUAAAGCCGACCAGAGCAAGGGAGGACCCCGUAGCUGCCGCCGCCGCCGCCACCACCACCACCACCACUACCACUAUGGGUCGCAUGCACAGUCGCGGUAAGGGUAUCUCAGCUUCGGCUCUUCCUUACAAGAGAAGUCCGCCAACUUGGCUGAAGAUCUCUGCUCAAGACGUUGAGGAUAACAUCUGCAAAUUCGCGAAGAAGGGUCUUGCGCCGUCUCAGAUCGGCGUCAUUCUUCGUGAUUCCCACGGUAUUGCGCAGGUCAAGAGCGUCACAGGAAGCAAGAUCUUGCGCAUUCUCAAGGCUCAUGGGCUUGCUCCUGAAAUACCUGAGGAUCUGUAUCACCUUAUCAAGAAGGCUGUUGCCAUUCGGAAGCAUCUGGAGAGGAACAGGAAGGACAAAGAUUCCAAGUUUCGGUUAAUUCUGGUUGAGAGUAGGAUCCACCGACUUGCUCGCUACUACAAGAGAACAAAGAAGCUGCCUGCUGUCUGGAAAUAUGAGUCAACUACUGCCAGUACCCUUGUGGCUUAAACCCUUCUACAUGUACAACUUGAGGGUAAACCUGGGCCGUCAGCAUCCUGUCUUAAUCUAUGAUGUGCAAGAGUUUUUUCUCAUUGUUUAGAAAUUUUUAUUUGCAAAAUAGACCCUUGUUACUGAUUUACUGAGGUUCAAAAGAACAGGUGCCCCAAUUUGGAGUCGACCUUUUGCAUGUUUGGUUGCUCUUUUUUAAAAGCCUCUUUGGUCAUUGUUAGUCUUCGAAACUAGUUGAAAUUUUGCACUUGUCUUUUAUAUAUUGAUUAUUGCUGCCAA